AUGAUGUGCUAAAAAAAACUAUUUUAAUUUCUUUAAAUAAACAGUCUGCAUUACCAGUCUUGGUCAAUUAUUUUGUUGCUGUAAUAAGAUUUUUUCUGAACAGUAUCUAAAAAUGCUUAUAAAAAAUACAACAAAAUGACCAAAACAAGCCUCCAUAUUAUAACGAACUAUAAUUUCAGAUCUAACUGUUUAUGUUCCAAAGCAAAAGAUCUCAAAUAAACGACUUAAUAAUUUCAAUGAAAUUACUAUUUCGUGAGAACUACCCAGUUAGUGAUGUGUACUGGCGGUUUUACACCGUUUCACCUCUCACAGUAAGAAAUCCUAAGUCCCUUGCUCUUCAUGUGUUUUGUUCCAUGGACUAGAAGGAACAACGUUUCCACUGUUUAUAUGAAUAUUAAUGAGAGGACAGUAAAACUCACUGCCUUGAUAGAGCAUUGACAGAACAGGUUAUUCAGCAAAGCGCUUAUCCUAACACUGCUGUUCAAUCGUUUCUCCAGGAAGAGGUUCAAUAGAUUAUCUCAUCAAUUACAGGAUUUGAUUUACAAAUUCAAGUGAGUUUUUCUUUUAAUUCUGUUUCUAAUACAAAAGUCUAAAAGGCAUUUGUUGAGUGUUAUACUUAAAACUUUUCAAAAUGUGGGAAUCUGAUGAUUCGUUACUUAGGUUAGGUAAAAUAUGCAAUUGAUUUGUUUGAAAACAUAGUAACCUACUUUUAUUAAUAAACAAGUAAAAAUCUAAUCAUUAACAAUAUUGCAGCAGUUUCAAAGAUUGAAUAAACUUAUAAAAAUAAGUAUAACAGCAUAUUUGGUCAAACAGGACUUCAGUUUUAUCCAUAGAUGUGUGUGAUUGUGAACAGUGGGUAUUAGACCGCAAUGCUAGCUUCUUUUCAGUAAAGAGAUCCCUGUUCUUUUCCACCUGAUGUGAAACUGAGACUUACUAACAAUCGAAUAUAUUAGGGAUGUAACUGAAUACAAAUACGUUAUUCAGAAAGAACUGAUAAUGUGUUCUAAAUUAUAUAUAUAUAUGCGCCUUCAAAAACAAUUAAAUGAAAUGUUCCUACAUUUAAAAAUCCUAUAAAGAGCAGUAAACAGUAAUAAAUGAAACAAAGUCAGUAUUUAAUGUGACGAUCCUUCACUUUAAAUAAAUAAACAGUAUCUGAGGUGCAGUGUGUGCAGUUUUAUAAGGAAAUGAGCUGGAAGUGUUACUGAGCAUCUUGCAGAAGCAGCCACAGUUCUUCUGGAGACUUUGACUGUCGACUCGCUUCUUAUUUCUGCAGCGAAACCCAGCAGCCUUCAUCAUGUUUUUAUCUGAAAAGUGUCUCUUAUGGAAUCUGCUGCUUUCUUUACUGACAUACAGACAUUUUUCUGUAACGUUUCAUUUUGUGCUGGAAAACUAAUGUUUGGAAUCUAAAAUGUUUUUGUACUGAAUCAAUAAUGUAGAAGCCAGAAAAUAAACAUCUAUAACAAAGUUUGUAGUAAAAAAAAAAGAAGGAUUUUUGCACAGUGUUGUAUAUAUAUAGCAGAGUCAGCAAACUAUGUUCUAGGAAACAAGUCUCUAGUUGCUGAGGAAACUGGCGUGCUAUGUUGAUUAUUUAUCAUUUACAGAAGUUAAUGAAUUUUAUUUUUCGUCCUCUAAAGCAACCAAGACUUCAAUGGGAGGUUUUCAGCAUUUCCUGCUGUUGCAGGUUUUGCUUCUGGGAGUCACAGGAGUAUUCUACACUUACUACAAGCCAAACGCAAACUCGAUACCGUGCCAGGAGGUUGCAGUAUCCAAAUAUAAAUGCCCAGAUAAAUGCUCAGAUAAAUGCCACAAUGCUCUCAAAGGGAACUUUAUCACACGUUUAACCACCACCCUUAAACAACUAACACCAAUUACCAAACCAGUUGUCCUGGAAGAAAAUAAGGAAAAUCAUGACCUUGACACGGUCAUAUUAAUCUGGUCAUGGCCUUUUGGUUAUAAGUUUAAAGGAGAAUCCUGUAGUCCACUGUUUGGUAUUAAAGGUUGUCACUUUACAGAUGACAGAAGCCAGUAUGACAAAGCCCAUGGUGUUAUGUUUCAUCACAGAGAUAUCGGUGGUGAUUUACCAAACCUGCUAAACACACCACGACCUCCACACCAGAAGUGGGUAUGGAUGAACAUGGAGUCUCCUGAUAAUUCACAAAGAUGGACUGGGCUAGAUGGUUUAUUCAAUCUGACUGCAAAUUAUCGGAGAGAUUCAGAUGUCUGGGUGCCUUAUGGGAGAAUCACAGAAGCAUCUGAGAAGGACAAAACCUUUAACAUACCACCAAAGGAUAAAUUAGUGUGCUGGAUUGUCAGUAACUGGAACCCCAACUUUAGGAGAGUGAAAUAUUUUAACGAACUGAACAAACACAUAAAAAUAGAGGUUUAUGGUAGACACUUUAACAGAUCCAUUAGCAACGAUGAUUAUAUAAGCACCUUGUCGAGCUGUAAAUUCUACUUAUCGUUCGAGAACUCCAUCCAUAAAGACUACUUCACAGAAAAGCUGUUUAACCCUCUGAAAGUCGGCACGGUUCCUGUGGUUCUCGGUCCACCCAGGGAGAACUACGAGGAUUUCAUUCCAGCAGAUUCAUUCAUUCAUGUGGACGAUUUCAAAUCCCCUCAGGAACUGGCAAAACAUCUCACAUUUCUGGACCAGAACCAGGAAGUUUAUGAACAGUUCUUCACCUGGAGACAACACUUUACUGCUGCUCGUACGAUAUUUGGUGUAGAACACGCCUGUCGCAUAUGUGAUUAUGUAAAACAAUAUAAGGGAUACAGAGUGUUUAAAAAUCUCAAUACAUGGUAUUGGGGCUAGGCAGCUUGGGAAAUGAACAAUGUUCAAACAACGUUUAGUCAAACGUCACACACUAUUUCAUGUUACAGAAGACAGAACAGAAUGGGAAGAUAGGAUGCACCAUCUACCCAUGUUAUUAAUCCACUGGUAAAAAUAAAUAAAUAAAAUUUAUUACAAAUACUUACCUUAUCAUCAAAUCACUUAGAAAUUAGAUUACUAAACCUCCCCAGAUAAAGUUAAUCUAUCUUAACUAGUACUUUAUGUCUUUGUCAAUUACUGAACCAAAGGUUUUGACUACAUGACACUUUCACUGGGUAAAAGGAAGACAAUAUGAUACCAUUUUAGUGCAAUUGUAUUCUUUUUCUUCAUUUAUAAAUAAAUUGGGAGUUUGGUGUGCUAAUAAUAUACAUGAAAAUAAACAUUUAAUCAAAUGUUAUUCUGUAAUAAAACUCUUUUCUAUGUUUGCAUGCACAUAUCACCUGGUCAAAAGUCAUUAUCUGUAUUUUAUUUUCCUAAAGCAGGAAGAAUCCAAACUCAUUCAGUAACCAGUAAACAAGGUCCAAACGUGUCAACACACUCUUUACUGACUUGCUUUCUCUGCCUUCUGUUGUUCCAAUCUGCUUGUCCAUCUAAAUUGCUGUUUCUUUUACUUUACCAGCUCAUUGGAAGUUUGCUGGAUGUG